AUGUCAAGAGGUUAUGACAAUUAUAACAGGCAUAUUUGCCUCAUCCCAAUCCCAGACUUGUCUCGUUUAAAACGAGACGUUGGGAUUUAUAUUUCAGGAGGAAUGUUUGCAUUAGGGUGGUGGUUUUUCAUUGAUUCUGUAGUGUAUUCUAAUUACCUGAGACGAAAUGGUGAUGAUGAUACGGUUCCUUUUCACGUUAGGAAUGAUAAUGUAAGUUCAAUAGUCGAGGAUAAUGAAAGUGAACUAAAAAAAGCUACCGCACCUUUGAAGAUCAUUUAUCCUUUCCCUUAUUGCAAUUCACGCUCCUUUGGAGUUCCAUCCAUGCACAUUAAUUACAUGGGAUCAGGAUCUGCAACGAGAGGAGCUCGUCUUUGCUUAUUUGUAGGAUUUGCCGCAAUGGCUGGUGGGCUCGCCGGAUCUUGUACUGUGUUAAUUCUUAAAUAUAUUGUAGCUAAUAUUGAAAUGCCCUAUCUAUAUUUUGGAAUUGCCUUGGUCAUCCAAAAUUUAUUCAUCAUGAUCAGUUCUUUUAUGCUUUGGAUUGCACAAAGUACUGAGGAAGAAUACAAUCAUAAUUUUCUUUAA